UCCAGGCAACGAUGCAGCAUGCUGAAACUAAUAUUAUUUGCAAACUUCUCUGCCUUGCAUUUAAGGUUCCUUGAUGAGUACGCCCAAAACAAUAUUACUUUCUGGGCCCUCAGCUCACAGAACGAACCCAUCACUGCUCUUUUCGUAAGUCGGAAUGACUUCCCUUGCAAUUAUUUCUCACCGCAACACCAGCGCGACUUUAUCAUUCAAGAUUUGGGGCCCGCCCUGGUCGCCGGCGGUUACACCGACAUCCGCCUGAUGAUCCUUGAUGACCUGAGGUGUCACUUGCCGAACUGGGCUGACCAGGUGAUUGGCAAUAGUACCGCGGCGGCUUACGUAUCCGGCAUUGGCAUCCAUUGGUACUUAGAUUCGGUCACCCCAGCUGGGCUUACUCUAGAUGUCACCCAUCACCUGUACCCCAAUUUCUUCCUGCUCUACACAGAAGCUUGCAAUGGUUUUCUGGACUGGGACGUGAAGGUUGCUCUGGGAAGCUGGGAGAGGGGCACCUAUUACAGCAGAAGUAUCCUAAAG